AAUAAGAAUAAAUAUGCAGUACAAAACUCUUCAUCUACCGUAUGCCCUUUGGACAUUGAACGUUUACGGUUCCAUUUAUUUAUUGUGUGGAUCGGUUUGAUCGUUUAAUAGUAUUCGGUGGUUUGAGCGAGCAUUAAGAGUUACUAUGACCUCUGCAGUUAAAGGAGUAUUUAUUGUUGGUGCCAAACGUACACCUUUUGGCACAUACGGAGGGAAAUUUGUAAAAACCUCAGCGACCGAUUUACAAGCGGUAGCUUUUAAAGCAGCUUUAACCCAAGCAAACGUACGACCAGAUUUGGUCGAUUCUGUAAUUUCAGGAAAUGUUAUGUCCAGCACAUCUUCAGAUGGAACCUUUUUAGCUAGACAUGCUAUGCUUAAAGCGGGUGUACCAAUCGAAAAACCCGCAUUAACUGUAAAUAGAUUAUGCGGAUCUGGAUUUCAAUCGGUUGUAAAUGGAUGUCAGGAAAUUCAUUCCGGUGCUGCAAGAAUAGUUUUAACUGGUGGGGCUGAAAAUAUGUCGCAAGCGCCCUACAGCGUUCGUAACAUAAGAUUUGGUACAACGAUGGGUGUUUCCCCGGUUUUAGAAGAUUCUUUAUGGCUUGGAUUAACGGAUACUUAUUGCAAACUUCCCAUGGCGUUAACGGCUGAAAAAUUGGGAGCGCAAUGUAAAAUAACAAGAGAAGAAGUGGAUAAAUUCUCGUUAAGAUCGCAACAAUACUGGGUGGCCGCUCAAGAAGCCGGGAGAUUUAAAGAAGAACUCGCUCCGGUUUCCAUUAACAUGCGAGGAAAAACAGUCCAAAUCGAAGUUGACGAACAUCCUAAACCAAAAACCACCGCAGAAGGAUUACAAAAAUUACCCAGUUUGUUUAAAGAAAAUGGUUUAGUCACAGCUGGAUCUGCUUCGGGUAUUUGUGACGGAGCCGGAGCUAUUGUUCUUGCAAGUAACGAAGCUAUUAAACAAAACAACUUAACCCCUCUUGCAAAAGUAAUAGCUUACUCAUACGUCGGUGUUGAUCCAACUAUUAUGGGAAUCGGUCCAGUUCCCGCAAUUCAAAACGUUUUAAAAGCGAGCGGGAAAUCUUUAAGCGAAAUUGAUUUGAUUGAAAUAAACGAAGCUUUUGCAGCUCAAGCUUUGUCAUGCGCUAAGGAAUUAAAAUUAGAUAUGGAUAAGUUUAAUGUUGAUGGUGGAGCUAUUGCUUUAGGACAUCCUUUGGCUGCCUCUGGUUCAAGAAUUACAGCUCAUUUGGUUUAUGAAUUGAGGAGAAGGAAAGGAAAAUAUGGAAUUGGUGCUGCUUGUAUUGGAGGGGGACAAGGAAUUGCCGUUAUGAUUGAAUCGUUGUAAUGGUUUUUAUUAAUUUUUUUAAUGGAUUUGUAAGAUUAAUUAGCUUAAAAUUAUUACUUUUUUAAUCAAUAAAGAAA